CAACAGUUCGUCAUCGUUCGUUUAAGUAACCCACCUGUACGGUUGACAGCUUUAUAGUGUUUAAUAUAAAUUAUGAUAAUGAUUGACGCGAUCGAUAAGUUCAGUAUACGUACCUGUACAAUAUAAUUCACGUUUUACCCGAUUUACCUUCUGUUAACAAUUUCUUAUUAUAAUAAAUACACACUACCCCACUAGCGCAUAAAAUAUAAUUCGAAUUUCGGUUGAUGUAUAAAAAUUUGUUGUAUGAUGUCAUGACAGUCAUUGGUCUUUACGAACUGUAGUCUGCAGAUCUUGCGUCGUGAAUUUUAAUAAUAAAUCAUAAAUAAUACACAGAUCAAAGUUUCUUUGAAAAAAAAAAACUUCCACAAGUGUGUGUAAAUAAUUUUUAUUCGCUUUAUAAACCAUAGUACCUAUGAAUAACAACGAAGACGAUACGAUGGUUGAACUACAAACCGUUAAUGAUGACUUGCGUAGAGAACGAACGACGUGCACUUUCGAUAUGGAGGAAUUGACGAAUUUCAUUAACGGUGGCGCGGAGAACACCGAUAAAAAACGAAAGAUUGUGGAUUUUUUUCUCAGCGAUCCACAAUUUAAGGAUGAAGUGCCUCUAGAAUAUCUAAGCCACCAAGAACAAUAUGAGCAAGCGAUUCGAAAAUCUUGUAUUUUGUACAAGAAGAUCAAAGAAUGUGAAAUAAUUAUGAACAGCGAUAUAAUAGAGAUGAACAGUGCGGUUUGGACUUACGGAAUAGAUAUAGCAGUUAUAAAACAAUAUGUACCUUUUAGUGUUCAUACUGUUAUGUUUUUGCCUUCUCUAAUUAAUCAAGGUACUCCAGAACAGCAAGAUGAGUGGGUUGGACGUGCCUUUAAAAAUGAAAUUUUGGGUACUUAUGCUCAGACUGAACUUGGACAUGGAACUUUUAUUCGGGGCUUAGAAACUACAUGCACGUAUCAUCCAGAAACAGAAGAGUUUAUUUUAAAUAGUCCGACAUUGACAUCGUACAAAUGGUGGCCCGGUGGACUUGGACACAGUUGUAAUUACGCAAUUGUUCUUGCUCAACUUUACACUCAAGGCAUACAUCGUGGGAUACAUCCGUUCAUUGUUCAAUUAAGGGAUUCAGAAACAUGGAUGCCUAUGCCUGGAAUCAAAAUUGGUGAAAUCGGCAGUAAAAUGGGCAUGAACACCUCGAACAAUGGAUACUUGGCGUUUAACAACGUUAGAUUACCUCGAAUGCACAUGUUAAUGAAAAAUUCUAAAGUUCAUAAGGACGGAACUUAUGAAAAAUCACCUCAUGAAAAAUUAACAUAUGGCACAAUGAUAUUUGUACGAGUAUUAAUUGUUAAGAGUUUGGUUACUAGCCAUUUAAUGAAAUCAGCAACAAUUGCAGUGAGGUAUAGUGCGGUUCGCCGGCAAUCAGAACUUAAAUCAGGUGAACGAGAACCUCAAAUUUUAGAUUACCAAACACAACAGUACAAGUUGUUUCCAGUCAUUGCUUUAAGUUUAAUGUAUACAUUUGCAGCAAAAUGGCUAUGGAAUAAAUAUUCUGCAGUAACUUCGCAAUUAGAACAAGGUGAUUUAGAUCAAUUACCGCAGCUACAUGCUAUGGCCUGUUGUCUAAAAGCUGUCGGCACAACCGAUGCAUCUACUAGCGUAACGUCUUGUCGUUUGGCGUGUGGCGGUCAUGGAUAUAUGAACUGCAGCAGUCUGCCGAACAUCUAUUCCCUUUCUACUGCAACAGAAACUUACGAAGGUGAAAACACGGUACUACUUUUGCAAACAGCUAGAUUUUUGAUGAAAUCGUACGAAAACGUGCAAAUGGGAAACGACAUGUCAACAUUAGAAACACUAUCUUACUUGGAAAAAUACAAAAACUUAAAACAAUCACCUUGGACAACGGUGUUAGACUGUAUGACCAAUGCAUUUUUCCAAGUUGCCGGAAGUAAAAUCGACGACUGUUACUUCACAAUAAAACGACUGAUUGAUUCUGGAAUGACUCAAGAAGAUGCUUGGAAUCGAACAUCCAUUAAACUUACACAAGCAUCCGAAGCGCAUUGCAGAGCGUUUGUGAUCGAUAUUUAUGUAAAAACGAUUGAAACAAAUCAAUUUUCACCAGAAUUAAAGAGCGUGCUUACUCAACUCGGUGAGCUAAUUUGUGCGCAGUGGAUAUUAAAUAAACUUGGUGAUUUUCUACAGCAUUCCAAUCUGAAACCGAGUAACAUACAUUCAAUACAAUGCUUAUUAGAAGACUCUUUAAAACGCAUUAGACCCAAUGCAGUUGGUCUAGUAGACAGUUUUGACAUUCGAGACGAAAUAUUAGACUCUGCGUUAGGCUGCUAUGAUGGAAACGUAUACGAACGGCUUUUGGCAGAAGCCAAUAAAAGCCCCCUGAACAAAGCACCAGUGAAUCGUUCAUUUGAGCUGUACUUAAAACCGUUUUUAAAAUCUAACAUAUAAAUUAAAUUCAUUAUUCCAGAUGCAUUUUUAACAUAAUAAUAUGAAUGUUA